GGCCCGGCCGCACUGCGCGGCCGUGCUGGGCGGGAGGCAGGGGGAGAUGCGGUCGCCGGCGCUGCCGCGGCUCCUGGUGGGGCCACUGCUGGUGUUACUGCUGCUGCUGGAGGCCGCCCGCUGCGGGGAGGCUGCGGCCCCAGACCCCCGGGACGCCGUCACCGCUUCCCCGCGCCCCACGGAGGCGGCCAGCGGGACCUCCACGCGGAGCAGCAGCAGCGGCAACAGCAACAGCAGCAGCCGCCUGGCCGAGGUGUCGGCGCCGCCCGAGCAGGGCCAGCCCAUGACCCAGCGCGCCCUAUCCGUGCUGGUGCUGGCCAGCGCCGCACUCAUCGUCUACUUCGUGAUCCGGACCGUGCGGCUCAGAAGGCAAAAUAGAAAAACCCGAAGAUACGGAGUUCUGGAUACGAACAUAGAAAACAUGGAGUUGACUCCGUUAGAACAAGAUGAUGAUGAUGAUGAUGAUACAACACUAUUUGAUGCCAGCCAUCCUCGAAGAGGGAAGUUAUUGAGCGGCUUUCAUUGAGGCCUGGCAUCUGGCCCAGGUUGAUCCACAACAACUCCCAAGAUAGUUAUAAUUGACAAGCCUGCUUAAUAUGCCUGCAAGUCCUCAUCUAAGUCAUCUAUGAAGACAGUGAAGAGCACUGGGUCUGGAAUGGAGCUCUGUGGAACCCCAACCCCACUAGUGACAGAUCACCAGCCUCAUGUCACCCAUUGUGCCCAACCCUUGAGCGAGUUGCUGUGCUUGUGAUGAUGUGUUUAUCCAGCUGAGUGCUGGACAUUUUGUCCAGGACACUGAAAAACAGCAUUGAUGACUACUGAAAUCCAAAAAGAUGAUUACAUUAAUUGUCUUAACUUGAUCGAUGAGGUAGAGAAUCUUUUCAUGAAUGGGUGUCAGAAGGACUUUCCCCUCAUGAACCCAUGCUGGCUGUGAAUGACAACUGUGAUGUCCUUCAGGUAUUUUUCAAUAACUCACAGAAUAAUCUUCUCCAAAUUUUGCCAGGCACUGAGGUGAGACUGACAGGUGGAUAGUUACCAGGAUCAUUUCCUCUUGCCCUUCUUGAAAAUUGGGAUGUUAGCCAGCUUACAGUCAUCUGGGACCUUCUAUGAUUCUAUGUUCCUGUGAUUAUAGGGUGAUAGAAACACAUACAAAGGUUGGACAGCUGUCGUACUUCUUGUCUUGAGUUGUAUAAAUAAUUUCCCUACCUCCUCUACCCAUAUAAAAGAUAAGUUAGCACAUUUUCAAUUUUAGCUCUCUAAAUAACUUCAGUUGACUUAGAACCUUAGAUUUUGUAGCAGCUUCAGAACCAUUUGAUACUAGAAAGUAAAUGCAGAAAAUAGGGUUCUAAAUUUGAUAUGGCUAUUAAUAAUGGGUACAUUAUUAUGGGUAAUUACAUACCCAUAAUUAAUAUGGGUACACAUCUGCUUUAUAUCUGCAGGUAGGAUAGACAUUCUAGACCUUGUUCUGUCCAAGAUGGACAUGACAGCAUGCAUUUUUCCAGAGGCAAUAUAAGACCAGGGCUUAUUUGACUGAGCAGCUGUGGUGCUUCUGGUCCAAUUUUUUAUGUUUUCCACUAACAUACUGUGAAAUACAUGGAUGCCAGUAUGUGAUAUUGAUUUAAUGGAAGUAUCUGUAGUCUUUUGGGUAUAAAUAGUAGACAGUCAUUAAGAUUUUAAUUUAUAAUCUUGGCAACUCUAGCUGUCCCCAAGAAAAACCCUUAAAUUCACUUGUGUUGGUGUAAGUUUUAAGAAAAAGAAA